AUGAACAGGCAACGAAACCAUACGAUUCGUCACUCGCUAGAGAAGGCUGUUGAGAGCAUCUAUGGCGUCGACGCGGGCGACCUGCUCUUAUGCCCUUUGGCCCAGAUUCAAGACACGGAUGUGAGGCUAUGGCAACUGAGACUAUCAUGCACACCACUCCUGACAGGCGUCCACCAUCCCACAGAACACUUUGACAGACUCGAUCAGCAGCUCUCAGUCCUUUUGCAACGGCCCGGGGGCUCUAUCAAGGAAUCCUCGCCCAGGGUCGAUGCGUUGCUCCAUGAUAUAGUGUCCAAGGGUGAAAGACUGCUCGCACGUCUGCCAAAAGUGCCCCAGCGUAGUUUCUCGCUGCCGCUGAACAACGGCAUCGGGCGGAAGCAAGGCUCGACCCUGUGGGACUGUAUCAAAGAUGGCACAUGGGCGACAAAGUACAUUUUGCCAGAAGCGCAAUCUUACUUCCAGCCACAGAGGCCAGACGAUGCUGACUCGAUCCUCAAGCUGCUGUCGAGGCUACAAGACCUCGCCUGGGAGAAUUUCUACGUGACCACGCGCAUCGACACCAAUUCCCUGGUUCUGGCCGCCGUCUUUGCGAACCAGGGUUCCGUCCCGGACCUGCGUCUGGCUCGGAACUCGCUCGAGUAUGUGAACGUACUAUCCGAACUGUUCGAUGAAUAUCAGGCCAUGUGUGACGCCGCAUCUUUCGGCAUUCAGGAUCCAUUUGAGGACGACUCGGACGAAGCCAGUGCGUUGAAGGACGCCCUUUUUCCCCGCGAACGUGAUGGCCAUGAACAGGCGAUGGUGAUCGUCAAAGUCUUUGUCUGGUCCGCAUGGCAACGUUCUGUGAUGCUGCACUUCUACUACGUGAUUGGAGUCCAACUUGCCCAUGGAUAUUCGGCCACCUGGAACUCCUUCCUGGCCGUUCGAGGCAUCCGCGAACUGGAAUCUCUCUCACGAGACGCAUAUCGUGGCACCUGCACCGACUACCUCUGCAACUGGGCCUUUGAACUUCUCAGAACCAGCCGCACGUCCAUCGGGCUUGACUUUCGCCGCAUGAUUUCACGGUUCGAUGCUCAGUUCCACGGGAGGCCUGGCCGAUGCGUCCGAGACUCGACGGACACCUGUGAAGGCGGCGAGCCAGAGACAUGCCAGCGGUUUACCGCCGCAGAGGACGCCGCGCAAUCAGCACAUGCGCCUGGCUGCAAUGGACACUGCCCGAGAAUUUUGUGGAAUGCACCUUCAUACUACGAGUGUCGAAAGCCGGCGGCAAUUGCGGUGGUUGAAGAUUCUACACGUUUGAACUAUUCUCCUGUUUCUCGCCAGACACUUGCCAUUUCUCACGUCUGGAGCCAUGGACAAGGCGGGCGUCCCGAGACGGGGAUCAACACCUGCUUACAUCGUCGAUAUUGCCGCUUGGCCCACCAGUUUGGGUGCGACACGUACUGGAUUGACGCCGCAUGUGUUCCCAGCGAGACCACUCUGCGACGACGAGCUAUUGCCAGCAUCAACGAAAUCUUCGCCACAGCAAAAGUGACCCUGGUUAUCGACAUGGAUGUCCAAUCCAUCACCGUGACCCUCCCACACCCCAGCAUUGCAGAGAUUGAGACCCUCGUCUCAACGCUUCUGGUGAGUGAUUGGACUGUCCGUGGCUGGACGUUGUUGGAGGGCAUCCGUGGCAGUCGAGCGAUCUGGCUGCUUUGCAAGGAUGAUGGAGUCCUCAAUCUCCGUCACGUUCUCGCCGAGUUACACGAGCGCGGGGCCAUCGACAUUGGUGUUCUGCUGGGGAGUGCACAACAUCUGAUCCCUCAUUCAGACCCAACCUCGAGCAAAACCGUCGAAGAAGCAGGCUACCUUCUCAGCCAACGCCACACGUCCUGGCCUGAGGAUGUGAUAGCUUGCUGGACUUUGCUGAUCAAUGCGCCCGUGAGCAAGGAGGCGGCUGGUCUCUGGGAGAACCAAACACAGGUCAGAAGUGGGUAUAUACUGUCGAGCGCUCCACGUGUCGGCACAAUGCAGAGCUUUGGUUGGGCACCUAGCACACCGUAUAGUCGACCAAUCAAACGGUCUGUUGGGCUUGAGGGUGGUAGGAUUCAAGAGUACAGCGUGAGGUUCCCGUCAUAUGACGGAGAAGGGAGCCUUUCCCUCGAUAUCACAAGAGAUGGAUUGCGAGGAAGGUGGCGUAUAGUGGAGGUUGACCGCUCUCUCCUGGACAGUAAUAAGGAUUUGUGCUGCGAGUUGACACACCCUCCUGAGGCAUACUAUGAUGAUGAAGUGGCUUUCGAAGACGCUGAGUUGAUAUAUGCCCACCCAGACGAUGCCCUGGCUUGGCUUACUGUCGAGGAGUUACUUGACCAUGGAGCGCGAGUAAGGCUUAUCCGAGCAGUGGCUGAAGACGGUAUCUCUCCAGCUGUCGGCAGCAGCCAGCGAGGGGAGGCCUUUGGGCUGGUUGCCGCCAUUUGUGCCAGCGUCGAUGGGGGAUCGUCAUGGGAAUGGAAAGGGGUAUAUUCCUGGCAAGAAAGUGAGAACUACGAGGGUUGGGAAAUUGAUGAGAUGCUAAUCACGUAA